AUGGCGAUAUCAGGAGAUUUAAGGGUCUCUGCAGCUAUGAUUCCUUACAAAUCCAACCCCCUUCGCACCUCACUGCACUUACCUCCUUCCAAGGUGGAUUGUAGUGUGUUCCUUAAUGGCGGAUCUAGUGUUUCUGAGACUAUACCAAGAUAUUCUCGUCCAAUACUUGAUGUCCAAAGCACUCGCUGUCAUUGUAAGCGGCCUCUUGGGAUUUUUGAAGAAUAUAAACUUUCUAAAAAUCCCAUCAGCCAGGAAGUCGAGAACUUCCUCCUUAAUGCUACUAAUAUGAACUUCUUUGAGCGAUUAAACUUGGCAUGGAAGAUCAUGUUUCCAUCACCCACAUCAAGAAGAAAUUCUAAUGCUAAUAUUGCAAAGCAACGGUUGAAGAUGAUUCUCUUCUCUGAUCGAUGUGCAGUCAACGAGGAGGCAAAACAAAAGAUUGUGAGUAAUGUUGUGAGUGUACUGUCUGAUUUCGUGGAGAUAGAAUCACAGGAUAAAGUUCAACUGAGUGUCUCAACUGAUCCAGAUAUUGGCACCAUUUACUCAGUCACUGUACCAGUGCGUCGGGUGAGAUCAGAAUAUCUAGUCGAGGAUGAAAUUGGAGCAAUAACAAACAUUGAGUACAAAGAUACUGGAGAAGUUUCUGGUUCAGUUGAUGUCAAGUUCGAUUUCUACCUUCCAAAGGACAAGUUUAGAAACUUCGACGAGUGA